GUAUAACAGAAACAGCAAACAAUUGGAAAGACCAACCGAGAUUCAUAACUUGCUUUGGGUAUAUAUCUUACUCAAAUCCAACCUCUGCUAAGAAUCUUUCUGAUUCAUACUCUUUCAUCUCAGACAUUGACACUCGCCAAUCUAACACUUUCGUUUCCACUAUCGUUAUCAGCCGAGACGAGUCCCAACCGCUAGCUACAAUGAAGUUCUUCACUGUUAUUGCAACUAUUAUUUCUGCCGUCAGCAUCUCUGCUGUGCCCAUAUUGAAGGAGCGGGCCGUCGGGGGUGUCUUGAUAUGUACCGGUGCCAACUCCACAGGUACAUGCACCCACGAGGUAUACACACUUAACAAGUGCCAUCAACUUUCCGAACCUUUCCUUCGCAACGUCACAACUUUUGCGCCUGAUGGUGAAUAUUUCAACUGUUACCCCCGUACAACCGGCUGCAAUGACACUUGUACGAGCCCUACGGGUUGCACAAUAGGCCCGAUCGAUUUCGACUACAAAUUCAAGUUCAAUUUCACUCGUGUCGGCUGGCCCAAACUCUUCAACAGUUUUGACUGUUCACUAAAGAAGACCACAAAAGGCGAGAAUAUGUUCGAUUAGGAGAAGAUUAAAAGGAUGGAGCAAGGAGAGCCAGUAUGGGUACCUGGGUGGCUAAAUGAGUUGACGAACACGAUUGUUUUCGGUUGCAUCUCUUUGGUCUUUUUCCUGCUGCGUUAAAGCGAUCGAUUAUUCUUUUUUAGUAUUGCAUUGGCAUCGUCAACUUGGGGACGGAGCAAUGGGCAACUCACCAGGCCACGGAGUAUUUGGAGUUAGCGAUAAUAGCGAUGGUUUUUUAGUCUUUGGCAGUUAUUCAGGGCAUGUACGCUGAGAUAGAUAAAGCUCUAAUGAUUGACGAUUAUUAUUAUGAGAUAAGGCAUGAAACAAUCAUACACUCAUACACUCAUACCAACCCG